UGGGGCCGGGAGGCCACCCGGGAAGGGGAGCGGAUGACAGCGAACGGAGCCGGGUAGCAGCGUGGCGGGGGAACGGCAAAUGGGACCGGGCGGCACCGCGUGGGGGAAGACAACGAACGGAACCCAGCAGGCAUCGGGAGAGUGACAACGAAUGGAACCUGGCGGGCACCAGGGGGUGACAGCUAAUGGAGCCGUGCAGCACCGAGGAGUGACAACGAACAGAACCGGACAGGUACCGGGGCCCUGCUGCGCCUGCCGGAAGCAGAACUAAAUGCGAGCAUAGUAGAUAGAGCCGGGCAGGCACCCGGGGAUGGUGAGCAGAGACAGGCAGCACCGGGGAUGCAAAGGGUUAACGAGCGGGUGGCGGGGCCCGGCUGCGCCUGCCAGGAGUGCGGGGAGAGGGAAUCAGCGGGAAGCAGGAGCGAAAGCCGGCAGGGACCCCGGCCGCGCACCGCUCCCGCCUUUCCCACCCCAUCUCCGCCGCCCGCCCGCGGGCCAGGCGCGGACGCGAGGCCGGGUCGCGGCGGCGGGACGACAAUGCAGCGGGCGGAGAAAGCAGGAGGGGCAGCGCACGGCAACAUGGAGGGAGGCGCGGAGCGGGCCAGCCCCUGAUGCGGCUCUUUCUCCUCCUCCUCCUCCUCCUCCGGGCAGCGGCUCCGGCGGCGGCUCCCUCCCUGGCGGCGGCUGGCGGCGACGGGUGGAAAUGAGCAGGUCGGCGGCGCUUCUCCUCUGCCUGCUGGGCUGUAACGUGUGGAAGGCGGUGACCAAAACCUUAGCGGCGCCCGAGGCGGCUCAAGAAGUGACACUGAAGGUCCACGUCAGCGAUGCCAGCACCCAUCAGCCAGUAACUGAAGCCUUCAUUGAGAUUUUUACCAACCAGAUCUCCAUUGCAUCUGGGACCUCAGGAGCAGAUGGCACUGCCUUCCUCAAGUUUCAGUAUAAGCUGGGCAGCCAGCUGACAGUGACUGCCAGCAAACAUGCCUAUGUGCCGAACUCUGCACCCUGGAAACCUGUAAGGCUGCCUGUGUUCUCCUCGCUGAGUCUCGGCCUGCUCCCCGAACGCUCGGCCACCCUCAUGGUCUAUGACGAUGUAGUCCAGAUAGUCUCAGGAUUUCAAGGUGCACGGACCCAGCCACAGGUUCACUUUCAGAGGAGAUCUGUCAGGUUGCCAGAGAACACCAGCUACAGUGACCUGACAGCAUACCUGACUGCAGCCAGCUCACCCUGGGAGGUGGACAGCUUCCCUUAUUUGCAGGGACUGGAUGGAAAUGGAACAGGAAACAGCACCAGGUAUGACCUCACUCCUGUCACUGCAGUCAGUGUCCAUCUCCUCAACAGCGAUGGGACUCCCGUCCCUGUGAACGGUCCCAUCUAUGUCACAGUGCCUCUGCCAGCAAACAGCAACCUGAAGCACAAUGCUCACGUUCCAGCCUGGAGGUUUGACCAAAAAUUUGGGACAUGGCUGAAGAGUAGUCUGGGCCUGGUACAGCAAGAAGGGAACCAGCUAACGUGGACUUACAUCGCACCUCAGCUGGGCUACUGGGUUGCAGCCAUGUCUCCUGCCAUCCCAGGUCCCGUUGUGACUCACGACAUUAGCAGCUACCACACCAUGUUUCUGCUGGCCAUUCUGGGAGGGAUGGCUCUCAUUCUUCUGGUCUUGCUCUGUCUGCUUCUGUAUUACUGCAGAAGAAAAUGCUUAAGACCACGUCAGCACCAUAAGAAGCUGCAGCUCUCCACAGCCCUGGACACAUCCAAGAAGGACCAGGCCACCUCCAUGUCCCACAUCAACCUGAUCUUCUCGCGCCGCGAGUCGGAGUUCCCCGGCGGGUUGUCGGUGGCUAGCAACGGCCACGCCGACAGCUCGGGGGCCAAGGAGCUGCUGGGUGCUGUCCACAUGGAGAUGGUGUCACCCGGCGGGGAGGCAGACAUGCACACGCCCAUGCUCAAACACUCCUUCAGCACCUCCCAGGAGUUCAGCUCCCGAGAGGAGCUGCUGUCCGACAAGGAGAAGGACAAGAGCAGGAUGUCCCUGGAGGAGCUGACGCCCCGCGGGUCGCUGCGGAAGGACUACCACCAGUCGGCAGACAGCUUCCCUCUCCAGAUGAGGAAAUCCGCCGAGGCGGCCGAGGGCUACGAGUCCCCUGGCAAAGAGGAGUACAGGAGAAGUUACAACGCGAUGCUGUCCCAGCCCUUGUUUGAGAAGCAGGAGAGGGAGAUCCAGGUGUCGAUGAACCACAUUGCCACGGGCAGCAAGUACAACGUGCAGGAGCAGAUGUACCCCCCGCCCGCGGCCCCUGAGAAGGAGCUGCUGGACUGCAGGCCUGCUGACUGCUUGAUGUCUCGCUCGGUGGAUCACCUGGAAAGGCCGACCUCCUUCCCGCGGCCGGGCCAGCUGAUCUGCUGCAAUUCCGUUGACCAGGUCAACGACAGCAUUUACAGGAAGGUGUUGCCUGCCUUGGUCAUCCCGGGCCACUACGUGAAGCUGCCGGGAGAACACCCUUUUGUUAGCCAGCCCCUGGUCGUGCCGGCUGACCAGCAGAUUGACAUAGAAAGACUUCAGGCUGAGCUUCCUAACUCUCACGCCCGGCUUUUCGCGCACCCCCCCCAGCAGCUGCAGCCCCAACAGUUGGCGUCCCAAGCAAUAUCUCAGCAGCACCUGCAGGACGCGGGUGCGGCCGAGUGGAGCCAGCAGAACGCUUCCAUGUCGGAGUCCAUCUCCAUCCCUGCCUCUCUUAACGACGCGUCCCUGGCUCAGAUGAACAGCGAGGUGCAGCUCCUGACGGAGAAGGCUCUGAUGGAGCUGGGAGGAGGGAAGCCGCUGCCCCAUCCCCGGGCGUGGUUCGUUUCUCUCGACGGGCGCUCGAACGCUCACGUCAGACAUUCCUACAUCGACCUCCAAAGAGCCGGCAGGAACGGGAGCAACGACGCCAGCUUGGACUCCGGCGUGGACAUGAACGAGCCCAAGUGCGGCCGGAAGGGGAGAGGAGAUCAGCUGCCCGUGGCCCCGGGCCAGGCGGCGGCAGCGGCAGCGGCGGAGCUGCAGCAGCGGGAGCGGCAGGGCGCAGCCUACACGCAGCUGGUGUACCUGGAUGACACCGAGCAGAGCGGCAGCGAGUGCGGCACCGCCGGCUGCAGCCCCGAGGACAAUGCCCUGCGCUGCCUGCUGGAGGGCGGCGGCGGCAAGAGGAGCGGCGUGCAGCUGCCCAGCCUCCAGGAGGAGAGCAGAACUGUGGAUACCAAACCAGAGCCAUUAACUAGUCCCGAACGUGGAACCUCCGUUCAAGACGAGGAGGAGGAGGAUGAGGAGGAUGAGGAAGAUGACCAAGGUGAAGAUAAGAAGAGCCCUUGGCAGAAACGAGAGGAGAGGCCGCUAAUGACUUUCAAUCUAAAGUGAGCGGUUGUGAAAAUCCACCCUUCAGUGGAGUAUCAAAUUGCCAAAUAUUCUUUCUGUGGAAGUGCUUGAGUUUUAUUGCUUCUUUUUAAUGAUUUUGGGGUUUUUAUGUUUGGUUUUGGUUCGGUUGUUGUCGUUGUGGAGAGAAAAGAGCAAACAAACUGUGGUGAGCAAGGAGCAACGUUUGAGAGAACUUCAGUGCAUUACUGUGUAAAUGUUAGAGAAGAAUUAAAAUCAUUCCUCUUGACCCCACGGCUGCCCCCAGGCAGCCAGCUGAGCAAAGAGUGUGAUUGUGAUUCCAUAUACUUGAUCUUGGUCAUCCAGGACCUUCUUUUGGUUGCUUUAUGACCUCAAUCUCCUGAUGAAUUAGGGAGCUGGUGAAGCUUUUGGGUUUGUUUGGUUUUGUUUUGUAGGCCACUUUUUCUGUCGAUAAUGCUACUGGAAAAGUACCUGAGAAAACCACAUGCCUGUCCCAGAUUACGGGAUCCCAGAAUGGGUUGGGUUGGAAGGGACCUCCGAAGGUCGUGCAGUCCAGCCCCGCUAUCUCAGGUUGCUUGUGCAUUAUCUGGAGCAAAGGCUAUGCAUUGCUGCUUUAUUUUUUAGGAAGAUUUUGCUUCUGUUAUGCUUUUUGUUUUUCCUUUCCUCCAUUUUACAACUUGGUUGUGAGCAUUUUCUGUCCUUUGAUUCUAAACUACUCAGCAAUUUCUUUUCGUGUGAAGCUGCAGGAAACUUGAGUAGCAUUCCCUUAGCAUUGAAGCCUUUUGAUGAAACCAAACUGAACUUUGUCUCCACUUCAAAGAUUUCCUCCAAUUCUGGUCCCCUUUACUCAAAGUGCCUUUUUUACAGUGAAAAAUGAACAGUCCCUCCUUUUGCUAACCCGUUUUCAUCGGGAUUUUAUAAACUCCUGAACUUCUCUACCUUCUUCUUUUUUAUUUUGGUCCUUUUUCUUUUGAAAGCUGCAUGCCAAGAGUCCCAUUUUGUGCUGAGCAUUCCUCAUUUCAGUGUAUUCCGUAGCUAUCCUGUAUGUGGUGGAGUUCUGUUUAGCCAGGAUUAGACUUUAGGAGAGACAUUUUAAAGGGCCCAGAGUAGCCAAGAAGAUAGUUUUCAUUGACUGUAUAUAUUGCUAGUUUCCUCUGGAAUCAGGAGCUGACCAUGCUCAUAUAAAAUGGACUACAGGCCGAGCAAGUGGACUUGAAUGUGUCUAGGGAAAAAAAAUUGGGGAAGAAAAAGA